UCAACCCAUUGGAUGCAAUAUGCCGAAAUCUUUUAUGGUAAAAAAUUCUAGGCGAUGGAACCCAACAAGAGGUUUUGAAAGCGAGACAGAGACUCACGACACAUCUUUAAGUGAUCCAGAUAAGGAACAAAAUUUAAAACCGGACGAUGCAAACCAAGAUGAAGAGCCAAUGACCUUCCAAAUGCUUCUCCACCAUUACUUGUCAGUUCUAGAGAGAAGACAUCGCCAGAUGGACUUUCGAUCCUCCUCGGAUAUGUUCCAUUCGAUACCCAAACAUCUGCUCUUGUUUGAGACCGAGGGACAACUGACAGACUACUGCAACUGCUUCCGAUGUCAUUUACUUACUCCAUUCCUAGAUAUCCGCUCCCAGAAUUCCAUUUCUCAACCGGUUAUGGAAGUAGACGAAGACUCAUCCCAAUCGUCUUCGAACUGGAUGGAGCGACAAUUGCUGAUAGAUACUACUCUGCAUGAUGUGUCCGACUUUCAUAGAGCUUUUCGUUGUCCGGAGUGCGGAAAAACCUUCAAAAGGUCAUCUACUCUUAACACGCACAUGUUGAUCCACAGUGACACCAGACCUUAUCCAUGUCAGUACUGUGGCAAACGAUUUCACCAAAAGUCUGAUAUGAAAAAGCAUACCUUUAUUCAUACAGGUGAGAAGCCACACAAAUGUAAUGUGUGCGGGAAAGCCUUCAGUCAGUCCUCUAACCUCAUCACCCAUAGUCGGAAACACACGGGGUUCAAACCCUUCAGGUGCGACAGGUGUGGCCGAAACUUCCAAAGAAAGGUCGACCUUCGGCGCCACCUCGAAACCAACCACAAAACUGACUGACGUAAUACUGAUUGAGAUUAUGACACUGGCUUUUUGGUUAUAAUGUAAUUUAUUCUGUUUAUAUAUCUACAUGUAUUUUAAAUUAAUAAUAUCUGGUUUAGCUGAUCAAUUUGAAUUUUUAGAGGGAUCGAAAUGAUCGAAUCUGGCACUUGGUAACAUAGUCCGAAAAAUCUCACGUUUUCCAGGCUUUUUAACGAUUUCGAUAUUUUAGCCCUGGCACGUUAAAUAUCAAAAUCGUCAGAUAUUUCGGACUAUUGGCAUCAUCUUUAACCAGCCUUUAAAAGAACAUUUUCAACAGUAAAAUUUUACUUAAGAUCCUUAUUCCUCGGAAAUAAUUUACUUGGGAUUUGAUUUGUAUGUCCUGCUUCAUGUCUAUUGGACUUUGUUGUCACACUCGUCCUUUGCAUUAAAUCUGACAUUUUCAACAGGACCAUGGAGUAUAAAGGUUCCUGGUACAAUGGUUUCUUAUUUUCUUUUACUCAGUUACCCAAAGUCUGCCAUAAAAGACCAUAUAAAAUAAAAUGUCUGUAAUAAUUCAUAUGGAUGCUGAUAUUGUAAAGAAAAACAAACAGAACUUGUGGAUGCAUGCUUAAACGUUGUUAAUCUUAGACAAACAUUUAUUAACCCUGUUGGCAAUAUAUCAUUAUAUGAAACUAACGCCAAAUCCUGAUUUAUUCAGAUUAGUAAUAUCACUGUUAAUCCCAAGAGACCUAUAUUUCAUCUCUUUCAGUGUUAUUCCUUAGUAACGGUGUAUAUUUGACUGUUUCAUUUUGUUUGCCACAUGUGAAAGAAAAUUUUUAAAAUAAUAACGAUUAAAAAUAUUAAUUCUUAUAUUGCUUAAAAUCUGAAUUGUGUUAAAAAUCAGAUCAGAUGAGCAUUGAGGCCACUAAAGAUAUUUACUCUCCCAUCCCUUCCAGAACUUUUAUGCAAAUGUUUUGUCAAUAGAUAUCUAGAUUUUAAGCUAACCAUGUCUCGAAUUAUUCAUUUAUAACAACAUUUUGACACCCUCUGAGACGCCAUGUCCUAGUGGGAACUGAAUAAUUAAGCAUGACAAAUACCCAUAAAAGCCUAUAGAUAUUCAUUUUGCUUCAAAGCGUCCUUGGAGACGGAAUCUAUCUGAUUUCCAAAUUAAACCCCUCUCGAUACUGUUGUACUUUGCAAUCUGUAUUUUCUCAAUGGUUCUGGUGCGACUGAAACAAUUAUUUCGUUUAUCGAAGGUCAAAUACCAAUUAUAAAAAGAGGAAAGUUUAAGAUUUUUCAUCUACUUUUCACUGGCCUUAGAAUGGAUGAUACAUCUGUAUACUUCAAGGCAUGUUUUGAUUUUAAAUAUUGCAAAUAAUAAAUUUCUAACAAAUUUAGAAAUUGUAUAAAAGUAUUGUAUAAAAGUUAACAUAUUGAUAUGUUCAAAAUGCUACAUUUUUUGCUGACUGUCUUCAUUUUAAUUUGGCGCAAAUUUAAUCACUUUAUAUGAAAAUAUUGUGAA